AUGAAUCUCCUCUGCUGUGCCGCAGUCACUCCUCGCUGCUCGGCUGGGGCUCUAGUCAACACAAAGUCGCACCAGGCGAAGCUGCAGGCGCUCGCGCCGGAGACGGCCGCGACGCUCGAGCGGCUUGCGGAGGAUCUCGCGCGGACUUUGCAGGCCAUUCAAAACGCCGAGCAGAAGGUCAACACCCAAUGCGCCGACGCGGUCGCGCGCUAUGCAGAGAGAAAGGAUGAGCUGAGGGCUCGCAUGGAGGAGUACAACAAGAAUGCUGACACGAUCAACGCGCUGACCAGUGAUCUUCAGUCCGUCUCGGAGGAUCUCGCCAAAGUGAAGGCGCAGAUGGACACCCGAGGUGCGUCGAUGACGGACACAAAGCCGCUGCUCAAGGUGAAGACGGCCCUUACGCAGCUGCGCACCGAGACAAAACAGCUCGAGAUUCGCAUCGGCGUGCUCACUUCGACGCUGACCUCGAAGAAGCUCAAGGAGGCGAGCAUACCGAGGAACUCAGAGGUUUCCAAGCGCGGCGCAGAUUGCGAAGCGUUCCUUGACGACGACGAUAUGGAGCAGCUCUAA